UUCGUGCGUCACCAAAAGCAAUUAGCCUCCCCCACACCGAAGCAAAGGAGAGGAGAAAAAGGAGAAAGCGAAGGGCACAAAGGAAGGGAAGAAAUGGUUGGCAUCUUCUCACGCUUCUCCGGUGGCUACAUGGCCAAACCCAGUCAUCAUCCUUCCCUCCUCCAACUGGAUAAGAAGUUGGCAGAGGUUAGUGAGGGUGAGGAGGAAGAAGGUAACGAUGGAGCUUAUGAUACUCAUGGUGAGAUUGAGAGGAAGGGUGAUGAUGAUGAUGACGAUCCGGAGGUGGAGGUUGACGGCGAGUUCAAACCGAUAGAGCAUCCGCUGGAGCCACCGGAUGAUGACCGGCCGGCGAAGUACCCCUUGCCUUUUGCUUCUGUGGUAAAUGAUGAAGGUGAACUGAAGGAGUCAUUCUCGGCAAGUUUACAGACGAUAGCAGAGUCGUCGUCGUCGUCGUCGAUAGGGAAUGAAGAAAGAGUUGCUGAGCAAACUCGACCGCGAACUGAUCGAAAGCGGCAUCCCGUUCGAAAUCAUCCCCCCCCUCCCUCACCAAACUACAGCAUAUUUCAAGUCUUUCAUCAGUGCAAACAGUUCGAAGCUUAACAAAUAGCUUCCCUCACCACUGAUCCGUUCAACAUUAUUUGAGUAUCUCAUGUACAGGCAAAACUAUAUUACUUGGAAUGUCUUGUUUUUGUAAAAAGCUGCCUAUAUUCACAAUCAUUUGAAACCUAAAAAGAAUGUAUAUUUCUCAUCUCUUUUUUU